AUGGUUGACAGCAGCAUCCUGAGCACUGAGAACAGCAGCACUGUGGUGCUCCGCACGAUUGGCAACAGCUACUGGACUGUUGAGAUACGCAAGCACAAAUUGGUGAUGGCUGUACUUGACAGGUUACUGGAGCCGGUUGGAUAUUCAAUGGAACCGGGGCAGGUUGGGCUACGAACGAUACUGGACAUGGUUGGACCGUACAGCAAACAGUUGGUGUAUCAAUAA